GAAGAAACUGUCGUAUAACGUAAUAAUAAAUGAUAAUAAUAAAAAUUAAGUUAGCUCUAGUUAAUGAACUAUGGGAACCUAAUGAACGUUUAUAUUAGGUUUAUUUUCAGGAUUUCAGUGUUAACUCCACCCUCGAUUAUAGUCUUUGUAUAAGCAUCGUGAAUCAUUUUCGGUUUCGACUCUUUUGUACAAGCUCGUUUAGAGGAAUCAAACCGUGCGAUUUUUAAACCCAUUCAGAAAUAUUUUGUAAACAGAAUUCAAAGUUUGCAAAGAAACGCACUUCUGUGAUAUCUAAGGACUCGCAGAAGUUUUUAAAGGACAUUUGGCAGCUGCGCUUUUAGCAGAAACCCCAAAAAACCAGAAGAAAACGAUGGCGCUCAGAGCGAGAGCUUUAUACGACUUCACUCCUGAAAACCCCGGAGAGAUUUGUGUGGUGGAGAACGAGAUUUUAACUCUAUACAGUGAAGAUGUAGUGGACGGAUGGUUAGAAGGCACAAACAGCCGCGGAGAGUCAGGACUCUUCCCUGCGUCCUACGUGGAGAUCUUAAGCAGUCAGGAUUCAGUACAAGGCAACGGGAAUGCUGGAGAUGUCUACAGCCCCAGGUCCGGAAGUGAGUAUGCCUAUCAAGUAAGAGGGGACACGUCAAGCGAGUCCACACCUCAGAGACACGGUUAUCCGACAAGCCAAGGUAGCGAUGACGACUGGGACGACGACUGGGACGACAACCAGACGACGACGACGACCACGCUGACGACUCACGACCCGAGCGUCCAUCACCUCAAACGCCAACCCGGUCGUGCCAACUCUGUUUCUUCACGUGGCAGUGGUGGCCAGCAAGCCAGAAGCUCAGCUACUGUCGGGAAAAACCUCAACAGGUUUUCCACCUUCGUGAAAUCAGGAGGCGAGGCAUUUGUUUUGGGCGAGGCGUCUGGAUUAGUUAGGGAUUGCGAUCAGAUCUGGGUAGUCAUGGGUCAGUUCGGCCCCGAGUGGCAAGAGAACCCUCAUCCUUUCACGUGCACCAUUGAUGAUCCGACCAAACAGACUAAAUUCAAGGGGAUGAAGAGCUACAUGUCCUAUGGCCUCACGCCCACCCACACACAAAUCCCUGUGAAUCGCCGCUACAAACACUUUGACUGGCUGUACGCACGCCUCGUGGAACGCUUCCCGGUCAUCUCUGUUCCCCACCUUCCAGAGAAGCAGGCCACGGGCCGCUUUGAAGAGGACUUCAUUUGCAAGCGCAGGAAGGGUCUGAUCUGGUGGAUGAACCACAUGACGAGCCACCCGGUUUUAUCCAGGUGUGACGUCUUCCAGCAUUUCCUGACCUGCAGCAGCAGUGACGAAAAAGCCUGGAAGCAGGGCAAGCGCAAGGCAGAGAAAGAUCAUUUAGUGGGCGCAAACUUCUUCCUCACCAUCAUCCCACCGGCCACACCGCUCGACCUCCAAGACGUGGAAAGCAAAGUGGACGGCUUCAAGACAUUCACCAAAAAGAUGGACGAGAACAUCGUGCAAGUUAACGUGAACAUCGGGGAGUUCACCAGAAAGCAGAUGACUGGAUUUAAAAAGGAGUAUCAUAAAGUUGGACAGGCCUUUCGAUUGCUCUGGCAGGCCUUCGAAUUGGACCAGCAGGUGUAUUCAGUCAAGUUGAAUCAAGCAAUGGCGUUCACCGGGGCCGCCUACGAGACCAUUGGGGACUACUUUGCCGAACAACCUCGCCAGGAUCUAGAUCCAGUGUCAGAUCUUUUAGCGAUUUACCAGGGACAUCUAGCAAACUUCCCAGACAUCAUCCACGUUCAGAAAGGAGCUCUGACCAAAGCAAAGGAGAGCCAGAAGGACAAAGACGUCCCGGCGGCUCAGGACAUCCACGAGCGCUGCAACAUCAUCUCCUGUGCCACUCUGGCUGAGAUCCAGCACUUCCAUCGCACCCGAGUACGCGACUUCAAGGCCCAGAUGCAGCACUACCUCCAGCAGCAGAUCUCCUUCUUCCAGAAGAUCACAGCCAAACUGGAGGAGGCGCUGCACAUGUACGACCAGGCGUAAACAAGAAGUGAAUACAGGAACCUUAAAACUCCCAAAAGAACGUCUACAGUCAGAUUUUAAUAUUCCACGCCGUAGACGUUCUCAUCACGUCUCGGACAGAAAAGAUUAGGAUCGUGUGUCCUGAACAUAAUAUUUAGACACAAAUCCAAACAAAAUGCAGCAUGUCUCGCUCUUAUUUUCCAUUUUGUAAGAAAAACAAUAAAGACAUCUUUUUUUUUGCUUUUUUUUUUAAAUAUGGGAAUUUAGCACUCAGAUCAGAAUAAUUCACUGAGUUAUAACAUCAAGAAAUAUAAUAUAAUAUAAAAAAUAAUAUAUAUAAUAAUGAAUAAUAUAAAGUUUAUUCUGAAUAUCCACUAAAUAAAAUUUCUGAAAAUGUUUUUGUCGGUAAAUGUAAAAUAGACAUACCGUAACAUACAUAAAGUUUUAUAACAGUUCUUUAUAAGAGUAAUAAUAUACUAAUAAUGUACUAAUAUACUAAUAAUACGACUAAUAAUGAUCGUAAUCAUAUCAUACGUUGCUCUUAUAUCUGAAUUAAUUCAUCUAAAUUUAUUUAGUGUUCCAUAAAUCUAAAUUCAGAUUUAAGGUUGAAUAACACAGAGUAACAAAAACAAUUAAAACCUAUAAAUAAUAUUUUUUAAAUCCUUUUUUUUUUAAAGUUAGUUAUAAAAAGAUUUUUUUUAGUGGAUAUUCAGAUUGUAUUGUAUUGCACAUGAGUAGAGUCUUUAAAGGCUUUUUUUUAAUUCAGUAACUUUUAUGAUCUAAACCACAUUUGGUUUCCGUUAAGCAGAAACCAAAAGAUUAAAGCGUGCAUUUACACUCUGAACUGUUUUUAACCCGUCAGAGAAAGGCGGGACUCAUCAGCAUGAAAGCUCCUAAUCUAUUUCCUGUGUCUGUAUCUUUACAUCUUUACAUCUUUUCUCACCCUGCUUUUGGCUUGUGGACAAUAUGUCUUUUUUCUAACAGUUGGAAUUUCUGCCUUAGUUCAAUUCCCAUCUUAUUUCCUGAGUCAUUUUUAAAUACAGUUCUGUAUUUAUGAAUCUCA